UUCCCAUUUUAAAGAGAUGAACACGAAAAGGUCUCCCAUCUUAAAACUUUCUUCGUAAGUUCAUCUCACGACUUUAUAUGGUCUCACAAUUAAUCUUAUUAAAAUAAUGAAUUGUCAAGUCAUAAGCAGUACAUCAUGCCCUUUUCCCAAUGCCGGGUCCUCUCUCUUGCUUCUUCUUUUCCGAUUCAAAUUCAUGCUCACAGUUAAAAAAAAAGGAAAUAAAAAAAGAAUAGUAAUGGUGGCAUUCAAAUUCAUGCUUACAGUUAAAAACAGAAAAUAAAAAAAGAAUAUUUAUGGCGGCAGCUAAACAUGAAGUUCUUUGGAGGGGAAACAGAGGGGACCUCUUUUAUGUGUUUGCUUUUCUCCAUCAUCUUAUAUGUGCUGACUUUGAUAUAAUCAACUUGAACUUGACAAAGAUCAUGCAAUGGAGUUGCAAGGACAGUAUUCCUGCCAUAUAAUAUGUUGGGUGGAGCAAAAUCAAGCUGUUGGAAGUCAAAAUUGAGAAAAAGUAGAAAGCUGGAUCAGAUAAAGAAAUUCAGGCCUUUUUUCGACUGAGUAUAUUUGAAUUAAUGGUGGAGGAAACUCAAACUCGUUCCCAAUUUCUGUAUCAUUAAAGCCCAUAGAUUAGAGAGGAGGAGGGAGAAAUGGAAGAUAACAUUGUGGUCUGGGUUCUAUUUGGAGUAAUUUCUUGGAGUGCAGUUUUUAUCCUAGUCAGGAGUGUCCUGCCAAAACGUUCCUUUGACUUCUGCAAUCGCCUUGUCUCAACAGUCCAUGUUUUUCUAGCAGUUAUUUUAUCCUGUCUUAGCGUUCAAGAUUGGAGGUGCCCUUUGUGUCCUUUGGUGUCACCUCCUACUACCUCACAGGUGGUUCUCGAAAUUUUGCAGAAGCGUGCAAUGGCUGUGACCCUCUCUUAUUUGAUAUACGAUUUCAUUUGUUGCCUCUUUGAUACUCAAAUCAGCAUUGAUAAUUUGAUCCAUCAUAUUGUCAGUAUCAUUGGCCUUGGUGCUGCCCUUGUAUAUAGAAUGUGUGGCUUAGUGAUGGUGACCACAUUGUGUUUAACAGAGAUGUCUAGCCCUUUCUUGCAUUUGAGGGAGAUUCUUAAGGAACUUGGUUACAGGGAUACAAAUCUAAAUUUUUCUGCUGAUCUUUCAUUUGCGGUUAUCUUCACAUUUGGUAGAAUUGUCCUGGGGCCGUUUGUUCCCUAUGUUACACUGACAACGGAUAACCCACUGCUCAUUAAGAGCGAUAGCCACAAGUUGAGGACGGGCGGUUUGGUGAUCGUGGUUGGGAGUUGGAGCUCUGUGCUUUGGUGGUAGUUUUUAUUUUCAAUUGUAUGUUUUGAAUGGUAGUAGCCAUAUAGUUCUUGUCAUUUUUGAAGUCAUGUAAAUGUUAUUGGUCCUUUGAAGCCUUGGACAUAUUUGUAAUA